AUGUCCCCUCAAAUCAAAACUGCCCUUUACUUACUACCUCUCAUCUUUCUGCUCUUUCCCACAACAAUCACUCUUGCAACUACUUUCAAUUUCACCUCAUUUCCCCCUAACACCCCUGGCAUCAUUUACCAGGGGGAUGCGUUCCCCUCUGGCCAAGGCGUCAUCCAACUCACACGCAACCAAGUCGAUGGAACCUUGCAGCAGAGUGAGGGACGGGCAAUCUAUCGAUAUCCGAUUCAACUGUGGGACUCUAAAACGCGAACUGUGACAGACUUUGUGACCCACUUUGAGUUCACCAUCAAUGGCCUCAAUGCCACCUACUAUGGUGAUGGUCUUGCCUUCUUUCUUGCCCCAGUUGAUGCCGUCAUCCCCUUAAAUUCGAGUGGAGGGUGGUUAGGCCUCUAUAAUGAAACCACCGACAAGAAUUCUUCUGCACAGGUUGUUGCAGUGGAGAUAGAUACCUAUCAAAAUCCCUGGGAUCCAAGCCCAAACCACAUUGGUAUCGAUAUAAAUUCAAUUACUUCCGUGACUACUGUAAUUUGUGAAGACAACAUUAGGAAUGGAUCUAAAGGACAGGCUUGGAUUGCCUAUAACGCUACGACUAAGGACUUGCAAGUCCGUUUGUCAUAUGGUGAGGAUGGUUCAGCAGGUCAACCUAGUCUUUCCCACAAUGUGGACUUGAUGGAAAUCCUACCAGAGAUGGUUAUUGUAGGCUUCUCCGCGGCAACUGGGUGGUCGACAGAGCUUCACACAAUUCUUUCAUGGGAUUUUCAGUCUAAUUUUGGCUUGGGUAUGGGUAUGGGUGCUAGCAAGGGGAUACAUAAAAAGAAGGUUAAAUGGACUAUUGGUGGUGUUGUUUCUUUGGUAGUCAUAUUGAUGGCUAUAGGGUUGUACUUGUGGAGAAAGUUGAAAUUAAAGGGGAGCAGUGAGAUAGAUAUUGAUGCAUCCAUGGAGGAUAAGUUCAUUAAGGGGACAGGUCCUAGAAAGUUUGAUUACAAGGAGCUUGUUAAUGCAACAAAGAAUUUUAGCGAAGAAGGAAAGUUAGGGGAAGGAGGUUUCGGAGGGGUCUAUAAGGGGGUCUUUGAUGGCAGCAUUGGGACAGUGGCUGUGAAAAGGGUCUCCAAGGGGUCCAAACAGGGAAAGAAGGAGUACGUUUCGGAGGUGACUAUCAUAAGCCGCUUAAGGCAUCGAAAUCUUGUUCGAUUGAUCGGUUGGUGUCACGAUCAACGUGAAUUACUCCUUGUUUAUGAGUUCAUGCCCAAUGGAAGCCUCGACUCUCACCUCUUUGGGAAGCAAGCAGAACUAACAUGGGAAACAAGGUACAAAAUUGCCCUGGGCUUGGCCAAUGCUCUGCUUUAUCUCCAUGAAGAAUGGGAACAAUGUGUAGUUCAUCGUGACAUCAAAUCGAGCAACGUUAUGCUAGACUCAAACUUUAAUGCCAAGCUCGGGGAUUUUGGGCUAGCAAGACUAGUGGAUCAUGAUUCAGCCUCACAAACCACUGUAAUCGCGGGCACUAUGGGAUAUCUUGCUCCCGAGUGUGUUACAACUGGGAAGGCAAGCAAGGAGUCCGAUAUCUUUAGCUUUGGAGCUGUUGCCCUCGAAAUUGCUUGCGGUAGGAGGCCGGUCGAGCCAUUUGCACAAAGCAACAAGGUGAGGCUAGUGGAGUGGGUAUGGGAGCUUUAUGGAAAAGACGGAUUACAAGAAGCAGUGGAUCAGAGACUAAAUGAUGUUUAUGAUGCUAAACAAAUGGAAUGUCUCAUGGUUGUGGGAUUAUGGUGCUCUCACCCAGAGCAUACUAUGAGGCCAUCCAUAAGGCAAGUAAUCCAUGUCCUCAAUUUUCAGUCAUCAAUGCCUGUGCUUCCAUCAAAGUUGCCUGUGGCUAUGUAUUAUGCACCUCCUCUGGACCAGUGCCAAUUUGCAUACACAAGUAUGACCAGUCUCCAUAAAUCUGGACCCUCUUGUUCCAGCAGCAGUUGUACUAGCACCACACUAGGAUCAACUGGUUCUUCUAGAGCUUCUUCUACAAAAUCCCUUUUGAAUACACAUCCAAUUAGGCCUAUCUCAAAUAUGCAAUAA